CUCUGCAGAUAAAACAGGAGCAAGAGGAACCAGAACCUCUGCAGAUGAAACAGGAACAAGAGGAACCAGAACAUCAAGAGUUGAAAGAGGAAGAGAAGCAACUCUGCAUCAGUCAGGAUGAAGAGCAUCUGGUGCUGAAACUGGAGACUGAUGACAUUUUGAUGAAUCCUCUUAAUGUGCAAAGAAUCUACAAUGAAACAGAACCACAGAGGAACCAACUCAUCUCUCAUGGCUCUGCUGAGGAUGAGAACCAGGAUCAGGAAGGAAGCAAUUCUGAAGAUCCAGGAGAACAGAAAGACGAAAAACAAAAACACAACAAAAGAUGCCAGAAAGAUCUCUCACAAUGCAGUGAAGAGGAGGAGGUUCUCAAUGAAACAGAAGCACAGAGGAAGCAACUCAUCCCUCAUGGCUCUGCAGAAACUGAGAACCAGGAUCAGGAAGGAAGCAAUUCUGAAAAUCCAGGAAAAAAGAGAAAGAAAGAACAGAAACCAAAGGAGAGAUAUGAGAAAACCAAACAGCAGAAAGACAGAACUGACAAUAAAAAACAAAAAAAGCCAAAGAAAGCUCAGCAAGGGCAAAAAUUAUGUUCUUGUGAAAUUUGUGAUAAAACCUUUUCUUCUAAAAGUACCUUGACAAAACACAGGAAAAUUCACACAGGAGUAAAACCUUUCACUUGUUCAAUCUGUGGGAAAAGUUACAGACAAAAGGAUGGUUUAAUGUAUCACAUGAGAAUUCACACAGGUGAGAAGCCUUUCUCUUGUGGAACCUGUGGAAAAAGUUUCGCCAAUAAAGGCCAUUUAAGUGUUCAUAUGAGAAUUCACACAAGUGAGAAGCCUUUCACCUGUGGGACUUGUGGAAAAAGUUUUUUCAUGAAAGGUAAUUUAAAUGUUCAUAUGAGAACUCACACAGGUGAGAAGCCUUUCACCUGUGGGACUUGUGGAAAAAGUUUUUUCAUGAAAGGUAAUUUAAAUGUUCAUAUGAGAACUCACACAGGUGAGAAGCCUUUCACCUGUGGGACUUGUGGAAAGAGUUACAGUGACAAAGGGACUAUAUAUAAUCACAUGAGAAUUCACACAGGCGAGAAGCCUUUCUCAUGUGGAACCUGUGGAAAAGGUUUCUCUCACAAAGGUCAUUUAAAUGUUCACAUGAGAAUUCACACAGGUGAGAAGCCUUUCUCUUGUGGGUUUUGUGGAAAAAGUUUCCGUCAAAAAAAUCAAUUAAAUGUUCACAUGAGAAAUCACACAGUUGAGGAGCCUUUUUCCUUUGGAACGAGUUCCAGUGAAAGAGAGACUUUAACAAAGCACAUGAGAAUUCACACAGGUGAGAAGCCUUUCUCCUGUGGAACUUGUGGAAGGAAUUACCGUGAAAGAGGGACUUUAACUCAGCACAUGAGAAUUCACACAGGUGAGAAGCCUUUCUCAUGUGGAACCUGUGGAAAAAGUUUCUCUAAAAGAAGUCAUUUAAAUGUUCACACGACAAUUCACACAGGUGAGAAGCCUUUCUCCUGUGGAACUUGUGGAAAGAGUUACCGUGAAAGGGGGACUUUAACUCAGCACAUAAAAAUUCACACAGGUGAGAAGCCUUUCUCAUGUGAAAGCUGUGGAAAAAGUUUCGCCAAUAAAGGCCAUUUAAGUGUUCAUAUGAGAAUUCACACAGGUGAGAAGCCUUUCUCAUGUGGGAGUUGUGGAAAAAGUUUCACCCAUAAACACUCUUUAAAUGUUCAUAUGAGCAUUCACACAAGUGAGAAACUUUUCUCAUGUGGGACCUGUGAAAAAAGUUUCACCAAUAAAGGAAGUUUAAAAGUUCAUAUGAGAAUUCACACAGGUGAGAAGCCUUUCUCAUGUGGAACCUGUGGAAAAAGUUUAUCUGGAAAAUAUAAAUUAAAUUGUCAUAUGAGAAUUCACUCAGGUGAGAAGCCUUUACUUUGUGGGACUUGUGGAAAAAGUUUCGGCCAUAAAGACACUUUAAAUGUUCACAUGAGAAUUCACACAGGUGAGAAGCCUUUCUCAUGUGGGACCUGUGGAAAAAGUUUCACCAAUAAAGGAAGUUUAAAUGUUCACAUGAGAAUUCACACAGGUGAAAAAACAUUUUCAUGUGGGACCUGUGGAAAACGUUUCACCACUAAAUGCAGUUUCAAUGUUCACAUGAGAAUUCACACAGGUGAGAAGCCUUUCUCAUGUGGGACCUGUGGAAAAAGUUUCAGAAUGAAAAAACAAUUACUUAAACACAUAAAGAUUCAUAUGAGUGCUAAACAGUGACAUGCGGUGAGGUUCAUA